AGUCCCCAAAUGGAGGGAAGCAAAUACGCAGGGGCCGCCGCCGCCUCCCUGCCGGGCGUGUGUCCGCGGCCCGGAGGGGAGGGCAGGAGGGCGAAUCCACACGCCACCCGCUCCCCCGGCGACAGCGCGGAGUGCGAGGCAGGCGGCCGGGACCAGGGGCGCGCCGCCGGCCAGCGGCAGACGGGCGUUGGGAAAGGGGCGGCCGGGGGAGGAGAGGGGUGGCUGCUGGCUGCGGGCUACGGGGACGGUCCGGUCCCGGCGGCGGACGGGGUCCGGACUAGGGGAGGUGAGGAAGGAGGGGAAGGAGAUGAGCCCGCACCGCGCGUCACUAGCGAGAAGCCGCCGCCGCCAACACCGCCGCCGCCAUCUUCACUUCUGCCCCAGUUUCUCCGUCUCGCAGGCUCCGCUCCGGAGCGGCGGGGGAGGGGCAAACGGGAGGAGGAGGAGGGAGGAGACCGGCGGGCGGGGGCGCGGCGGCGAGAGGCGGGGCUCCGGGAAACGGGCGGCAAGGCCCCCUCGAUUGGGCGGCUCAACGUUGUCCGGCCACGACGCUGUAAGGCGCGUGCCGAUUGGUCCGUUCGGCUCCCGAGCCCAGCCCCGCCGGGGGUGGGAUGUCUCCAGAGUGAGUGUUCCGGAGAGCACGUGUUAGGGAAGGAGGAGGCUGCGGGCUAGCCUGCCGGGAGGGAGGAUGCUGCUGCCUGUUUCCUAUUAGUGACAACCCACCUCCUAAUCACGUCCUGCUUCAAACAAGAACACUGCCCCUUCCAUCUGCGAAGAUGAAGAGUUCAAAGUCCCAGCCAGUUACUACAUUCAGCUCAAAAAACGAGACCUACAAGACUCCGUGGCCGAGUUAAUCGCUGAUGGAGCCUGAACUGAACCCAAAGCCUUCCGGUGAUUCUGAUCACACACUUGGAGCGGCUAGAGAAGAAGACCUAGACAGAUAUAGUCAUCAAAUGGAAAAAUCCUCAACAUCCUUGUGAAUGGCAGCAUGUGAAGGCUCAGGGAAACACCAUUGCCUUUUCCUAGAUUGCUGAGAAUUUCCAGAGGCCUAUGGCCAAAGCAUCUUCUUCUGUGGCAUACGUAAGUUCAUGGAUGGAUCGCUUGCUGCCCUCAAGUGUGGUCGCUGCUCAGCACUCUGUGAACCUGGAACGAAAUCUUAGCCCCUUAGAGUGACCAUUAAAAGCCUCUCGCAAAGGAA